GUGAAGACCAAAGGCACCGCAAUGUCAGCCUUGUCCAGCUGGUUCCAGAAGCGGGCCAUGCAGCACGCCCUGCUGAUACAGGGCCACGCCAUAGUGAGGUUCGGCGAGGUCCACUACAACACAAUUUCCCUCGACUCCGGGUCAAAAGUCUGAUGUGGCAGAUAUACUGAGCUUCUGAGAUAAGCCACACAGCUGAGGUGAUGGACAGACUUUGGACUCUGUCACUGGCUCUUCUUGUUCCCCACCGACUAGAGCGUCUUGGAUUGUGUCUCUUCAUUUCUGGAGAACAUGAAGCGUCAUUUCGCCCCCUGGGACCUACCUGUCCAUAGACGGCUGCAGACGACUGUAGUGCUGCUCUGGGUCUUUUCCUUCCUUGGACUUGCACCCACCUGUAUCUUCCUCUUCUUCUACCUGCUGUUCACGCGCUUCUGGCUGAUCAGCGUGUUGUACGCCAUCUGGUGGUUCUUGGACUAUGACACGCCAGGACGCGGAGGCCGCAAGGUGCCUGGCCUGUGUGCACUCAAACUCUGGGAGUACAUGCGAGAUUACUUCCCCAUUAAGCUAGUGAAGACAGCUGACUUGGACCCGAAGCAUAACUACGUUCUGGGCUUCCAUCCUCACGGCGUGCUGGUGGCAGGAGCCUUUACCAACUUCUGCACCGAGGCCACAGGCUUCCAACAGCUGUAUCCCGGCCUCAGCAGUUACCUGCUCAUGUUGCCUCUGUGGUUCAGAGCCCCGUUCUUCAGAGACUACAUUAUGUGCGCAGGUCUGGUUCCCUCGGAUAAAGAGAGCGCCAGCUAUCUCCUAGAAAGGAAAGGUGGGAAUGCUGUUGUAAUAGCAGUUGGUGGGGCCCCUGAGGCCCUUGAUGCCCACCCUGGGACUUACAAUGUGGUCUUGGCCCAGAAGAAAGGGUUUAUCAAGCUUGCAAUGGAGCAUGGAGCUCAUCUUGUGCCGAUCUUCUCUUUCGGGGAGAACGACGUCUAUGAGCAAGUUGAAAACCGGAGGGGAACGUGGCUCCGAUGGAUGCAGGAACGGCUGCAGAGAGUCAUGGGUGUCUCCUUACCUCUGUUCCAUGCACGGGGCAUCUUCCAGUACUCCUUCGGUCUCAUGCCCUUCAGAAAACCCAUCAACACAGUAGUCGGACGGCCCAUUAAGGUGACGAAGAAUCAGAAGCCAACGGCUGAGGAGCUCAAUGCUCUGCACCAGCUUUACAUGGAUGAGCUCAGCAAUCUGUUUGAGGAGCACAAAGGCAACUAUGGAGUGGAUGAGGACCUGCACCUGAACUUUGUCUAAACUGGAGGCUCUGAGGGAUUCAAAGGCGUAUUUAUUUGUGGAGCUCUAGUGCUGCAGUUUCCGAUGACUGCUGUUUUCAGGGCCAUAUGGAACGAGAAGGCCAGUCGGUUUUCCUCACUUGUUCUUCCAGCAUGUGAGGUCUAACACGUUCACAUGGUGUCAAAGGGUUCAUUUGGAUUGCAACAUCACAUGAGGACACACUUAAGUAACGUGGUUCGUUUGCAGCUUCACAUCUUAAAUACAAAAUAUACAACUCAACAGAACUUUAUGCCAUUUUAUUUUAUUUCUACUGUAUAUGACCUGCAGGUGACCCAAUGCUAACAUCUGCCUGUUGCAAAUGAAGAUGCAGCUUAGCAGGCAUUAGCUGCUCUGGCUCUGUCCAAGGUUAAAUAAAUCCAGCUUGGUUCUUGGCAGCAAGUUCCUGGAGCUUGUCCCAUAAGCAAACGGUCUCCUGGCUACAUUUAACAGGCACUGAACACACAGGAUACAAAUGAAUCCUCUUGAUUGUUUAAUUAGUGUAACUUUUAAAUUGUAAACGAUUCCUUAUUUAACAUAGGGUGAAUGUAUAACACUAAUUUAUGAUUUUUCCUUCACUUUUAUCGCAACUGAACUGUUUUGUUUUUCUGCCAAACUAAAAAGUCUAAUACAUUUAGAAGUAUGGAUCAAUAAAUCAAAAUGAUAACCUAGGCCAAUAAUUUAUUUAAUUUCUAUUUUGCAGCAAUUUAACCUUAUUAACAAAUUAUACUACAUUUAAAAAAUACAACUUAUUAAAAUAUACAUCAUAUUUCUUGAAUAAACCUUCGUCAUGCAUGUAUUAAUACAAAUACUUUAUAUAUAAAAAAUUCAAAUACUCACAUAAUGUGUGUAAAUUGUCUAACAUUACACUAAAUAACAUAAUAAACAUCAACCACCAACCAGUUGAUGUGUUUUUAAAAAUACAUACUAAUUAUUGUUUAAAUAACAUCAUUUGCUUCAGUUUAGUCUAAAUAAACAUCUUCUGAAUCACCUCAGUCAGUAAGAGUUCACUUACCUUGUAGCUCAAAAUGCACAAACUACAUUCUGUAAGUAAGUGUACAAUCAGGCAACGUGUAAGUAUUGGUGUUCCUGUCACCAUUCUCACUUCACAUCUGAAUGUGAUGCAAAUGUGGCUGUUUAAACCUCACUUGAAAUGAUUCAUACAAGCACCAAUUCACUCUAACGUGUCAAUGUUCUGGUUACAGUUGUGUUUACCUUAUCGGGAGCUCCCAUAACUAUAGAAAAUGUGGAUUAACGUCACUGGACUGGCUCAAGUCAAAUAUGAGGAAAGUGUUGUGCAUGCAUGUAGCUAGAUCAUGAAGAAAUGAAACAUGUCCGUUAGAUUGUGAAGGUUUUUAACAAACAGGGUUAAUCUUAGUGAUCAGUGUGCGCGUGUGGGGCAUUUGGGGACCAUGCACAGUGUAGGUCAAAUUAAUUUCAGAGUCACUCACAGCUGAGCGCUCUUAUCAAUCACACAUCGACCUCUCACUUUUUCUUACAGUGAGAAAUUAUUUUGUGACUCUUUUGUGAACUAUGAACACAGAUUACUGUAGUUUAUUGUAAUCGGUGUGAACUGAACUUUAAGCUAGAUGUUGCAAAGUGUGAACUUAUACAAUAGUGCAACCCAGUGCCAAUUAGACUAACUAAUUAACCUUAGAGCAGCUCUUACUGGUUAAAGUUAGGUCUGUGUCAUCGUUUUUGUUCACAAUUCAGUAGUCCUGUCCUCUCUUGUUGCUGAUGAUCUUAAUGAUUUUACUGUAUGGCACCUAAAAUAAACUAGUUUAAACACCAAUGUUUAGAAAAUUAGCCGCAAAAAUGACAAGGGCCAUAUUUGUGCUCUGGGGUUGCCGUAACACCUUUUCUGUCAGUGUGACCUGGCACAUGACUCAUUAAGCAUUAACCAAUAUAGUAUGUGAGUAGGUCACUCAGGCUGUAGCUUGGGCCCUGAUGGGGUUUUGGGAUGCUACAGAUGUUGAUUACUGGUGCGUUAGCCCAUAUACUGUAUGCUACAUGAUCAUAUAUUAGAAAAACAAAAACAGUAGUUAUGCACCAUUCAAAUCAGGGUCAUUACAGGAUACCUGCUGAUUUAUACUGUGUUAUCAUUGUUUAAGGAAUAAAGGAAUAGUAAUUUGUUGUCAUAGGCAUGAGUCUAAUGUCUAAAAUCAUCUCAUUCUUAUUUAAAUAAUACAUACUAAUAAUUUUCAGAGUGAAUGGCUAAUUACCAAAUUUAGCUUAAGGUGACUAUUGCUUCUCUUUAUUUAUGCCUGUACGGUCUUUUGAACUAAGGGUUGUGGGAGCUGGAGCCUCAGUUGUAUGAGAGUACACCCUGUGUUUUAUGACCAGAUACUGCUAGAAGUGAAAUGUGUGAAGGAAAGAGGAAAAAAUGUAUUUUAAAAUGAAUGCAAACUGCUCAUGUAGCAAAGAAACCCACAACCAAAUUGUUUUAUCAAUCACAAGAUUAAAUUAAAUUAAAUAAAAUUAGUUU